AUGGGCACAAUCGCGAAUGUGUUUAGAGGAUCUGAUCAACACUCACUUUCAUUUCAUAAACUGAAUAAUCAUAAACAACGAUCCGACGAAUCUGUGAUUGAAUACUAUAACACGAUGAUCAAAUUAUGUAAUCAAACUGAUCCGAAUAUGGCUGAUACUUCCAAAUUAAAUUAUUUACAAAUGGAUUUAAAGCAGUCAUUACAAAACGACGUUUUUCGUCGUCAUCCAUCAACGGCAGCCCAAUUCUUUCAAGUAGCACAAGAAGAAGAAUCAUUACAAACUAUUGUCCGUACCUAUGCAGCAUUAACUGCUUCGGUUUUCAUCGAUCCCCUCAAGUCCAAAGCUGAGCCGGAAGCGUCUAUAUCAUCUGUUCAAUGUUCACCUCAAAAACCAAGUGCUCGUCCAGCACCAUAUCAUCAGAAUUCGUCUGCUACAAAAAGUUACAAUCCUCCUCAUUAUUCACAACUUACUAAUAGAACACAUACCCCAAAGAAAGCAUCUCCCCGCUGUUUUGGGUGUGGUAAAGUCCUGCGACAUUCGCCCAUGCACUCAUCAAAAUCUACCGCACAUCUCGCUGAUCAAAAUAAGUCACUUAAAAUACUGGGCGAAGUCAAAUUAAAUAUCAGAAUCAAUGAUGUCACUACACCUAUUACUGCAUUGGUGGUUAAAUCAUUGAACGCCGACUUUAUUCUGGGUGGAAAUUGGUGUUACGACACAGGAGCAAUAAUUGAAUAUGAUAAACAACAAGUUUCUAUUCGAUCGUAUUAUGGUCGCUCUUCUAUUCGAUACGAUAAACAAAUUGACACUCUGGCAUUAGAUCUUAAACUGUUGAAUUCGGCCUCGAUACCUCCUCGAGAGUCCAUUGUGGUUCAAGCAAAACUUGAUCUUUCUUCCGCCAAAUUUGCUUAUUUUCAUCCUGAUAUUGACCUACAACAACCUAAGUGUAUUUCUAUGACAUCGGCACUAUUGAAGAUCGACAAGUAUUCUACAUUUCUGGAAAUCUAUAAUCCAAGUGAAUUUUCACGGACACUGUAUAAAAAUGCCGUGUUAGGACAAGUGACUUAUACACCGCCCAAUGUUGCAAGUUUCGAUGCAUUUGAGAAUUUAUCAUCUCUUAAUCAAACAUCACCUUCGGUGAACUCCAUCACACAAAAAAGUCGACAAAAAAAGGCGAAAGAGGACAAUAAGCUGCAAGCUAAGGUUGAGACACUGUUCACAAAUCUAAAAAUGCCUCGGGAUAGCAGAAAAAAAUUUGUAAAUCGGGUUUUAUAG